AUGCCACUCGCGUACUUGCAGGGGGAGAUUUUGGAUAUGGAGAAGUAUCGGACAGAAGAAGCUGUUUGGUCGAGAAACACAGUGCGGGAAGCAUGGAAUGCAAUUAACCACACACUGCACGAUACGACCCCCGGCGUUGAUGCAACGAAGAAGAAGGAGAUAAUUGAAAAAGACCUUGUAGGCUUGGCUCUCUGCACGUCAUAUGCGGAAGUGAAGCACCUUCUUUCUCUGUUGACGCCCUCGCUUCGUUCACAUAUUGUUUCUCAGCCCUCCUAUAAACAAACCGAGGUGGAGGAGUUUUUUCUCCAUCUUGGACAAGACAUCGAAGUGAGAGGUGCGGAUUGGGUGAUUCAGGUUCCGCCCCCGUCGGUGACCGAUUUGCGUUAUACCCUUGAGCGGGUGGGCCGAUUUGGCGAUGACGGCCGUGGGUGUAUUGGACACACGCCGCAUCGAGUAGCCGUGUGGCGCGGGCGGUUGGGGGAACCGUUAGGACUCACUAUUCGUGUGGGACGUUAUGUGCCGAAUGUUGCCAGGGCAUUGGUUCCUCUUGCGCGACGAGGUAGUGUUUUGAUACUCUCCAAGGCGGGUAUGGGAAAGACCACAAUCCUGAGAGACCUCGCUGCUUCCCUCUCUCGUGAUCCGGCGAAACCCCGCGUUAUGGUCGUUGAUACCUCGAACGAAAUUGGAGGUGAUAGCCCGAUGCCGCUGCCUUUUCUAGGGCGUUGUCGCCGUAUCCAGGUCCCGCGUCGCGAGGAGCAACAAGAAGUAAUGAAACAAAUUCUUCAAAACCACUCACCGGAGUACGUAAUUGUUGAUGAGGUUUCCACUACCGCCGAAGCAGAAGUAACGUGGUCCAUUUCCCAACGGGGAGUUCAUCUCGUUGCCACAUGCCAUGGCGAAAGUUUAGCGGGGUUAUUGCAAAACCAGUCACUGAACUUGUUGGUGGGAGGCACCGCGCAUGCAUUUCUUAGUAACGAGGAGCGGCGGUUACGGAACAAGAUCAAGAAAACUAUCCUCGAGAGGCCGCAUUCAUCACCGUUUAAGUUUGUUGUGGAACUCCAUUCACGGAAAUUCGCUCAUCUUUAUGUGGAUGUAAACCAGGCUGUUGAUUGUCUUUUGGACCAGGGGGAUGCGAGACGAAGUGCACGGAUUGGGAAAACAAUUGCCAUUGAUGAGCCACUGCCAGAUGAGGUGAUGGGUUUAGUUAUGUCUCAAGAAAAGGAAGGUUCAUAUGCAAGAGAGCCGUCACACGAAUCGUGGAGUGAGUGCAACGAUGAUGACAGUUGCGCCCUCGCCGGGCGGGAGGGGUGGCGGCCAAACAACCGGCCCGAGAGGCAGCGAGGGACUCGGUCGCAUGGAUGUCGAAAAAGAUCAAAUGACGACUUGUUGGACGAACUGAAUAACUUUAAUUAA